AUGAGUCCUACCAGCACCUCUAAGACCAACCAAGACUAUGCCCAGGAUUACUGGUAUUUCAUUGCCGCCGUUGUCGGACUCUUUCUUGUUAUCCGCGUCGUCAACUUCAUUCAGAACUGGUCAAGACUCCGCAGAUCCAAGACACACUCAGUACAGUUCCCUACCAAACCCACAACCCGAUUCUGGCAGAUAUGGGCGACCGUAACUGCUGUUAUCCGGGAGAUCAGUUAUCCACAACUCUAUGUCCCAAUUCGAUAUCUCUCCUGGAUGACGCCCCCGCCCAUGGGCCGCAUCUUGGUUCUUAUUGUCUAUUGGUCCGUCAUCAUAUACAUGAUGGCCCAGGACGUCAUACGAGAAUCCUAUUCCAAGGAGCAGAUUGGUUAUCGUAAUGCUUGGGUGACGGUUACGCAGGUACCGCUAAUUUACCUCUUGGCCUCUAAAACCAACAUCAUUGCAUUGAUCACUGGUACGAGUUACGAAAGACUCAACUGGCUUCAUCGCUGGGUCGCACGCACUAUGUUCAUCACCGCUACAGUACAUGGUGCCUAUUUCUGGGCCUAUUGGGUUGAAUCCGACAUAGUUAAUAUGGAGUUGUCUAUGAUGCCUAUCGUCGUAUAUGGCAUUGGAGCUUGGUUCAUUCUCUUGUGGAUGACUGUCUCGUCCUUCAAACCCUUCCGAUCCAUGGCAUACGAGUUCUUUCUCAUUCAGCACAUCCUAUCUGCCGUCAUGUUUUUGUGGACCGUAUACGUUCAUGUCCCCAAAAAGGCUAGGCAUAAUGUCUGGUUUUCAAUUGCUGCAUUAUGCUUCGAUCGUGCGUUCCGCCUUGGCCUUCUGUUUUGGCAGAACAUCAAAUUACGCCCAGUCCGAUCAGAUUGUGAGGGCGGAAAACGAUUUGGCCACCAGACACAACUUUCUCCCGUAGGUGAUACGAUAACAGUGUUGACAAUCAAGGAUGUCCACUUCAAGUGGAGAGCUGGACAACACCUCUACCUCUGGCUACCGAAAGUGUCGCCAUUCGAAGUUCACCCUUACACGAUCGCCUCUCCUCAUCAAAUGCCGGAGACUUGCAUUUGUAACAGCAUUCAGCUAGUGGUCCGUUCUCAUUCGGGCUUCUCGAAACGACUCAACCAGUUUGCCAAAAAGCAGAAGGAAUCAGGAAAGAAAGAGAGCCUGACAGCAUUGGUUGUAGGCCCGUAUGGAAACCCACCCCGAUGGGAUAUCUUCGAAACAUUGGUACUAAUUUCAGCAUCAACCGGCGCAUCCUUUACCCUUCCCAUCUUAGAGAGUGUCUUAUGUUCAAAGGCAGCAUCUUGCACCAAGCGGGUGGAUUUUAUGCUAGCAGCUAAGCAGGGCGAGGAAGUCGGUUUUUACCGCGAACGUUUGCACGAGGCGAUGGAGCAGGCCAAGUCAGUAGGAAUUGAACUGUCUGUACACAUUGCGGUGACUGGGAAUGGCCAACUUGAGGCUCUGGCUGCCGUUUCGUUCCCACCGUCUUCGGCAUCUUCAACGACCCACGAGAAGAAAGUAUUGGAGGAAGAAGUCAGAGCGGCAGCGAACACCGAAGGCAUUAUUCAACCAUUGAUGGGCGCAUCCCGUAUCCGACUUUCCGACGCAGGCUCCGAGUUGCAUAUGCAUUAUCUAGGUAUGCGCCCUGAUGUGAGCAAAUUCAUUACAGGUGCAGUUGAGGCUACGGGAGGAGAAACAGGUGUCGUCGUAUGUGGUGGACCAUCAUUAGUGGCUAAAGUAAGAACGAGCGUCGCCAAAUUGAGUGACGAAAGAGGAGUACAUAAGGGCACCGGUGCUCAGGGAAUUUCCCUGUUUGCGGAAGAGUAUGCCUUUUGA